AUUUUUUUAUUUCCGAUUUAUAAUUUCCUCGCUGCAUCGCCGGGUUUAAAUCCGCAGCCUUAACGCGGGCGCUACAUGCAACGCCUCCCAUUCCGCCUCGCGCCGCCGAAGCUAGCCGCCAUGUCGGCGUCCUCCCCUGCCUCCCGCUCGCUCCUCCUCUGCCUCUGCCUCUGCCUCGCCCUGCUCUCCCGCUCCGCCGCCUCGCCUCGCGACCUCCGCUUCUCCGCCGAGGACAUCGCCGCGGUCGAGGCGGCGCUGCCGCGGCACCGGAGGUCGUCGAGGACCACCUUCUUCGAGGUCGACCGCCCGCUGCGCCCGCCCAGGGGGAGCUCGGGGCCCUGCUCCACGCUGCUGCUCUCGCACUCCUUCGCCUUCACGCUCACCAAGCCGCCCGUCACCGCGGCGUACGCGCCGCCGAGCUGCCUGCGAGGCGCCGGCGCGGUCUCGCUCGCGGUGCUCGAGUGGCGCGCCGAGUGCCGCGGGGUGCAGUACGACCGCAUCUUCGGCGUCUGGCUCGGCGGCGCCGAGAUCCUGCGGGGGAGCACCGCGGAGCCGAAGCCCGGCGGCGUGGCGUGGUCGGUGUCCAAGGACGUCACCAGGUACGCUCCGCUCCUCGCCGCCGGCAACGCCACGCUCGCCGUGUACCUCGGCAACCUCAUCGACGACACCUACAACGGCGUCUACCACGCCAACCUCACGCUCCACCUCUACUUCCGCCGCGCCGCGCGCGCGCGGUCCCCAAUGCCGCCUCCGGCGGCAGACGCCGUCGUCCCCGUCUCGAGGAGCCUGCCGCUCAACGACGGGCUCUGGUUCGUGGUCCAGAACGCCACCGACGUGCAGUCGACGCGCCUCGCAGUGCCGGCCAACGCGUACCGCGCGGUGCUCGAGGUCUACGUGUCGUCCCACUACGCCGACGAGUUCUGGUACAUGAACACGCCGGAGCAGAACGGGCCGUUCCGCGAGGUCACCGUCCAUCUCGACGGCGAUGUCGUCGGCGCGGUGUGGCCGUUUCCCGUGAUCUACACCGGCGGCAUCAACCCCCUCAUCUGGCGCCCCAUCACCAGCAUUGGGUCCUUCAACUUCCCCACCUACGACAUCGAGCUCACGCCCUUCUUGGGCAAGCUCCUGGACGGCGAGCAGCACGAGCUCGGGUUCGCGGUGACCAACGCGCAGAACUCCUGGUACGUGGAUGCCAACCUCCACCUCUGGCUCGACCCCAGGAGCUCCAAGACCACCGGCGGCCUCAUCUCGUACGACGCGCCGAAGCUGGCGGGCAGCAUCGUCUCGCACUCCGCGGACGGCAUCGACGGGGAGUACGAGGCGACGGCGAGCCGCAACAUCACGGCCACGGGGUGGGUGAGCUCGUCGCGCGGCAACGUGACCACCACGUUCACGCAGCGGCUCAGCUUCGCGAACACGAACGUGGUGAGCGGCCACGGCAGCGCGCAGGCGAUCAACCAGACGACGGACGCGCUCACCGACGUCGGCGGCGGGGCGCAGCAGCGGUUGCAGCAGAGCUUCCCGCUCUACAUCUUCCUGGGCGGCGACGGCAGCGGCACGUCCUCGCAGCGGCUGAUGCGGCGCGUGGAGAUCGGGUUCGAGGAGUCGCGCGUCCGGGGCGGCGGCGCCGCGACGAGCACGCUGCGGAACGAGCAGGCGGCGGCGGCGGAGGUGACGCUCCGGGACGACGCCGUGGUGGGCGCGUCGUGGCGGAUGCACCAGACGUACGCGUACGGCGCCUCCGACGGCGGCUGCUACCUGAGGAACGUGAGCAGCGUCGGGUACGACGUGCUUUUCGACCAUGACGACGCGUCGUGUGCCGGUACGCGCGGCCGCUGACGCCCGGCGCCGACAGCUAGCGAGCGCCGUGUCGGCGCCCCCGCCGCGCGGGCCGGUGCCGGCGGAUAACGGCCGGGGAAGCGACAGGGUGUAAAUGGAACACGGCGGCGGUGGCCAAGCGUACCGGCCCCAUCGGGUCCCCAAUUAUGAAAUUUAAUAUGAUGGGUCAUUUUCGUGUGCUUAGCUUUCAAUAAGAAAAGAUGUGAUGCGGUAAGUAGUAGUGCAUGUAACCCCACAAAUGUAAAGUUGUUGGUCUGGAUUUGUAAUUUAUUGCUUGUUUUCGAAUUGUAUGAAUUUUACUCGAAUUCUAGCCAUACGAGGAUGAGAAUUCAGAACACAUGAGCUAGUGGCUAGU